UAGGAAUGCGGAAGUAGGAUGUCUGCCAGAAAGAACUCCGCGGGAGAAACCGGACUAAACUGGCUUGUUGCCCCGGUGGACCCCAGCGCCGACCGUUCACCUACUUUUCCCCUUAUUAUAAUAUUCACAGUCAGGGCCAGGGGUGUUGACUUAAGAUGCUAAUAAGGCGCGCGAGGCAGGUGGUAGCAGGUGCAUCCCCCGCGCCUGCGCGCAGCUUCCCGGCUCCGCGCCUUUCCCGCCUCAGCCCGCUGGGGAGUCGCCGGCGUCUGUCCCCGGAGCCCCCCGGGACUCGUGCUCCCGAGGACGCCCGGUGCUCGGCUCAGAAAUUCCUGAAAGGCCUGGACCAUCUUACUCAUGUGAGCCCGUAGAAGAACUCAAGCACUUAUUUGAGAAGCGACCCUCAUAGUCAGAUAAGUGAUUGGUGCUUCGGUUUGCCAACUUUGCUUUUUGUUGCCUUUGUUUUACUUUUCCUUCUCUGUGAGUACUGUUUCCGGUCAUCUCCCCUCCCUGGGAAAGACCCAUUCUGCCCUUACGGGGUCUAGAAGAUCAAAACCAAUGAUGGGAUGGAUGAAGUGGACCCUCCUCUUGGCCCUUCUCCUGGGAAUGAGUUGGGAAGAAAAUAGCAAAGUGGGGGCAACCUGGAGAGAAAACUCAAUUGUCAAUUUUUCUAGCAUCGUGGCCUCUGGAAAUAAUCUCUCCAAUUGUUGGAUCUGUCAUCCACAGCCACAAGUUGGGGUUCCUAAGCUCCAGUUUGUACCUAUAAAUGAGGAUAUUACUCUCACCUUGACUUCUGGGUCCGUUAGGAGCAUACCACUUCUAGUGGUAGAACUCGACGAUCGUGAUGCUAUGCAAUGUGUCAGGCUUACAGACUCUUGGAAUCAAACUGGUCUCCAGGUUAAGCGGCCUCUUCUCUGUAAAAAACAGGGACAGCCCUGUUGUCCCUGCCGGACAAACGCCUGCCUCACCAAUGUGGGCAGCUUGCCCUCCAUUUAUCCUAUGUCAUUCUCCUCUGCAAGCUCUACAUGUACCCCCAACAAGACCCACUGGUGUGUAGACUCAUCUCUACUCUCUCCAGACGACCAACCUAACUUCUCCUGUACAUACUGGAAAGGAACAGCAACCCCUUCCUGGAGGCUCACCUACCAGACCCCAUCUGCUUUUGAUAGCCAGGAGGGAAUAGAAGAGGACUCAGAACUAGGUGGGGGGCCACUGGAUGGAGGGCCCCUGUCGCCCAGAUGUAAAACUGCACCUAAUUGGGGUCCCCAUUUACGAAGCUGGUUUAAUUCCUCUUCACCCCACCAAGCAUGUGCUCCCCCUGGGUAUCUGUUUCUCUGCGGUCCACCACAAAAUAAACUACCCUAUGAAGGGAGCCCCAAUUCCUCUUUCUCUUGGCCUCCUCAGGCAGUGGCCUAUUCGUGUUUAGAUAAUGUUCACUUCCGGGGAGAAUGCACUUUGGGACGAUUGGGCCCUAAAGGAUUAGGUGCCACUAUAUAUAAUGUCACUUCUCAAACCAGACAGACGAGAGCACUCAGAUUAAUCUUGGGAGCAACUGAAGAAGCCAUGGGACUGGCUGCCCCUUGGGGAGAGUUUGCCUAUCAUGAAACAACCUUAAAAAACCUUACCCAGGUCAUUGAAAACCUGGCCUCAAACGCUGGUGAUGCCUUAGAGGGCCUCCAGGAGUCCCUGGAUUCCUUGGCUAAUGACAUACUUGACAAUCGGUUAGCUCUAGAUUAUCUUCGGGCUGAACAAGGGGGUGUCUGUGCAGUGGUCAACAACACCUGCUGUACAUACAUCAGCAUCUCUGGAGAAGUUGAACUAAACAUUCAGGAGAUUUACAGACAAACCAGAUGGUUGCAUGGGUUCUAUAAUCACAAUCCCCAAACUCUUCAGGACUCCUAACAUCACAUGAUACCUUCCUUUCCUAGGUUGGCUUGUGCCAAUAAUUCUUUUGUUAAUAUUCAGACCUUGCCUCUUUAAUCUUCUGGUUAAGUUUGUGUCUUCUAGACAGCAGUUUCCUGUCAGACUGAUGAUGGUGGCACAAGGGACCCACCUAUCCAGUCCCAAGAAGAACAAGGACCCUAUAGAUCAGUAGAGCAGUCAGAGAGAUUUUUACUCCUCCAGGCAGGACAGGGACAACGCCCCGGCUCCGCAAGAAGCAGUUUCAGAAGAGGAGACCUUCAGCCCCUCCUCCUCAGAAAUAAGGAGAGUAAAACCUCUCAGGGGAAUGAGCUAGCAAGCACAGGGGCUGUGUCUGGUACCCCACCCCUGCCCUCACCAGCGGCUCACCCAGAAGACAAGGCGGAGCUACCCGUUUGUGAGCACGUCUCCAGGGAUGCUGAAGCUGGAUGUCUGCCAGAAGAAACCGGGCGAAACCAGAUUGUGACCUGGUGGACCGUGGCGCCGACCCUUCACCUACUUUUUUCCUCUUUGGAGUGCUCACGGUCAGGGCCCGGGGUGGAGGCUGAAGAUGCUAAGGAGGCGUGGGAGGCUGGUGCCGCCUCCGCGCCUGCGCACAGCUUCCCGAAUCUCCACCCCUCGGUUCCAGGACGUCUAUCCUGCCCUCCUCAGCCUCUUUACAGGCUUUCUGGGGUUUUGUCAGCGAGCGGGCCGAGACCUUAGCUCCCUGGGCCGCCUCCCUGGUCUUGGAGCAUAAACCCCCAAUAAACACGGCCUGAUCUUUC